AUGGCGCUGCUGAAAGUCAAAUUUGACCAGAAGAAGCGAGUCAGGUUGGCCCAAGGGCUCUGGCUCAUGAAUUGGCUUUCUGUGUUGACUGGUAUCAUCGUUUUCAGUCUAGGGCUCUUCCUAAAGAUUGAACUCCGGAAGAGGAGUGAUGUGAUGAGUAAUUCAGAGAGCCAUUUUGUGCCCAACUCCUUGAUAGGUGUGGGGGUGUUGUCCUGUGUCUUCAACUCUCUGGCUGGCAAGAUCUGCUACGAUGCCGUGGACCCUACCAAGUAUGCCAAGUGGAAGCCUUGGCUGAAGUCCUUCCUAAUUGCCUGUGUCCUCUUCAACAUAACCCUCUUCUUUGUGUCCCUCUGCUGCUUUCUGCUGCGGGGUUCGCUGGAGAGCACACUGACCCAUGGGCUCAAGAAUGGCAUGAAAUACUAUCGGGACACAGAUACCCCCGGCAGGUGCUUCAUGAAGAAGACAAUUGACAUGCUGCAGAUCGAGUUCAAAUGCUGUGGCAAUAAUGGCUUUCGGGACUGGUUUGAGAUUCAGUGGGUCAGCAAUCGCUACCUGGACUUUUCCGCCAAAGAAGUUAAAGACCGCAUCAAGAGUAAUGUGGAUGGGCGGUACCUGAUGGACAGUGUCCCGUUCAGCUGCUGCAACCCCAGCUCGCCUCGGCCCUGUAUCCAGUACCAGCUGACCAACAACUCCGCACACUACAGCUAUGACCACCAGACCGAGGAGCUCAACCUGUGGGUGUGGGGCUGCAGGGCCGCCCUGGUGAGCUACUACGGCAGCCUCAUGAACUCCAUAGGUACCGUCACACUCCUGGUCUGGCUCCUGGAGGUAACUGUCACGAUUGGACUCCGAUACCUGCACACAGCACUGGACGGUGUGUCCAACCCAGAGGACCCAGAAUGUGAACGUGAGAGUGAGGGCUGGCUCCUGGAGAGGAGCGUGCUGGAGACAUGGAAAGCCUUCCUGGAGAGCCUAAAGCAGCUGGGCAAGAGCAACCAAGUGGACGCCCAGGAUGAGGAUGCAGGCCAGGCCCCAGAAGCCAGCUGA